GGGUCCGCCCCACCCCCCCCCCCAAGGCCGCGCGCCGGCGCCAUGGCGGCCGCCGGCAGCUCCGACGUCUUCUUGGUGGCGGUCAGCGGGGAGAUCGAGAGCGGGCAGUUCCCUGGAUUUGAUGACCUCUACUGCAAAUUUUGCUUCGUCUAUGGUCAGGACUGGGUUCCCACUGCUGGCCUGGAGGAGGGCAUCUCCCAGAUCACCUCCAAGAGCGAUGCUGCAAACUCCACGCUCGUCUGGAACUUCCCCAUCGACAUUACUUUCAAGAGCACCAACCCAUCUGGCUGGCCGCAGAUUGUAGUAAGCGUCUAUGGGCCUGACUUUUUCGGAAACGAUGUGGUCAGAGGCUAUGGAGCUGUUCAUGUUCCCAUUGUACCUGGAAGGCAUAUAAGAACCAUUCCCAUGUUUGUUCCAGAGUCUUCGUCUAGGCUGCAGCAAUUUACAAGCUGGUUCACAGGGAGACGUCCAGAAUUUACUGACCCAAGAGUGGUAGCACAGGGAGAAGGAAGAGAAGUAACAAGAGUGCGAUCUCAAGGCUUUGUGACCAUUUCCUUCAAUGUAGUGACCAAAGAUAUGACGAAGUUGGGCUAUGAGGUGACCCCAAGUGACAUGCAGAACCACUCUAUGGUGUCUGUUACAGAAGGAAUUCAUAACUAUUAAAUUCAGAAGUGAGAUGUUCAAAGAUUCACACAGAAAAUAGGCAGUUCGGGAGCCUUUUUGCAAAUGAAAGUGAGUAUCUGACUGACCUGAGAAAACUUCACCUGAGCAUGGCACAAGCCCAUGAGGCUCUGCAAUAAUUUCUUAAGUCUAAUCCUUUCAGUAAGCAUACAGGUUGAAAAAAAUACAUAAAUUGGUGUCAUCAGAUAGUAUUUAGCAUUUUUGUGUUAUGCUACUAUCAAAAUAAGAAAUCUAUAUAAAUAUUUUCUAACAGCUUUUGUACAUUCUUUAUAUACAAAAAGAGUAGGAAAGUUUAUCUUUGUAAUUGUUUUUCCUGUAUUUAAAACAUCAGUGCAAACCUAGUGCUGUUAUUAAUGGUUUUCUGGUGGUAGAAAUAAAAAAUUGGAAUUCUCACACCUUCCAAAAAGGAGGGACUGUGGAAAUGUUCCAGUGAAACCACACAUUUGCUUUUCCCUGCCAUGCACUUCUCUGCAAAAGCAACAGCAACUUCCCAUUAUAAUCCCAUAUAGACCUUUGGAUUUUGUGCAACAAAAUGAAAUAGUUCAUGCACUGUAGAAACAAACUCUUCCAAGAUUUUUAAUGAAGCAAUCUGGGCUUUUGCAUUUAAAACGAGAUGAUUAUUCUUCCAUUUCCACAGUUUGUUUCUGAAUUACGCUUCAAGGGAAAGAAAGGGAGAGCAGUUUAUUUUAGAACAGUUAGAGAGGGCAUGGACUUAAAUAUAUCUUUGUAGCAAGCUUUUAACUUCUGAAUUUUUAAGUGCAGAAAAAUAAAUCUCACAGAAGGAUCUGAAAAGAAACUACACAAAGUCAUUAUAAACCACUUGGGCAUACAGUCAUUAGCAGUGUUUGUCUCCAAAUCAUGUUAAUGCUCUAGAAGGCAGUCAGGAGUAGAAGGAGGGCCCACAUCUUCCUUCAGUCCAGCACAUCCUUAUGUUUGAUGCUGUGGCAAGCUGAAGUGUUAACUCUAAUGAUAGCAACAGUCUCCUGCCCAUGUAAUUAUUAUGAUCUGAAGUGAUGUGGCAGUAUGGAUUCAAACAAGAGAUGAUAGGGAGCAAGGAAAAUGUUAUGUUUACCUGGAUAAUAUACCAUGACUUUCCUUAGUUGGUUUUCUUAUCAAAAGAUAAGAAAAGCAGUAAGAAGGCGCUGACAUUAAAAUCUGCUUUACUAAGUUUUUUUUUUCCCCAUCACAUAACCUCACAGAGGGACCUAAACAAUGUUUGGAGAAUUUGUCACACUAAUAACAAAGCGAAUAGGCUGUUCUCAGAUGCCCGCAGCUUGAGGGUUCAAAGCUAACCCUCAGCCUAUAUAGCUUCUUUUUUGCUGUCUUACCGUGCCUUUCACUGACUCCUGAGUUAAUAUUAGUGCUCUUCUUUUAGGCUGAAUAAAACCAAGUGUCUAAAUAUUUAUGUUUGUCUUUCUGCUAAGGUUAGUUUGUUAGUGCCAGAAUGGAUAUAUUUCAGUCUUAAACCAUCCAAGAUCUGCUAUUCUUACAGGUACAAAGAGAAAGAAAUAUACUCUACAAUGAAAUGACUAAUCACUUGGUCAUUUUGAUAUAAAAAUUUGGGCAUGUAAUCUUGUGCAUUUUGACUGCAAAUACUUAGAGAUGACUGUGAGAAGGACCUAACAUGAUACCACCCUGGAAAUGAACUACCAAGACACUGAAACUGCAGAAAUACAGGCAUAAGUAGUAAUACACAGUGUUGAACUGUAGAACCUCCAGAAUAUAUAUCAAAUAAAGCAUCCCAUUUGGUUAUCGUUA